CACCCUUAAUUAAAAAUAAAAUGUUUUAGAAAACAGAUCUUAAAGAAACAACCUCUUGAAGGUGUAGAGAAAAAGGAUCUUACUUUCUUCAGAAGUUGCUCCGGGACAUACUUGAAUUGGAUCUCCAGCUGUCCCCAUUAGAUAUUGAAUGACUGGUACUACAAAGCAAGAGCCUGAUAAGCCCAGACCCAUCAUUUUCAAGCUGCGGAAAUUCAAUAAUACAAUAACCAUAUGCUUGCAAAAGCCAAAACCCUUCUGCAGAAAGGCCAUAAAUUUUCUUUUUUUUUUUUCCCCUAGUGCCUCAGCUGAGCUUAAGAAACAGAGGGCUGCCUUCAGUGGCAUAAAGCAAUUCCUGAAGGGACCAAUGCCUGAUACAACAUCAAGCAUCAGUCCACCUUCACUAUGGAUUUAGCAGGCUCCACAAGGUCCAUUUCUAAUAAAAGACAUUCCUAUAAUACUGGGAGGAGAUUGUAAUGCUAUGCUAGUCUUCUGGACAUAUCCAGUUGAAUAAAACCCAGCUUUCAAAGCACAGCAGGCCAACCAUAACUGUUAAUGAAUUAACUUGAUUUGAAACAUACAUUGGGACUGAGACACCCCAAAAAGAUUGUACAUAUUUAUUUACAGUAUAUUCAUCUUACUCCACAACUGACUUUUCUCUUGUAUCUUCAUAAAUGAUUCUGGUUCCAGUUGACUGGAAGUAACUAUUGAUAAUGUAUUCACUUGAUAUCAUGCUCCAAUUAUACUUACCAAUGACUAGGUCCCUACCAUAUUCACAGCAAUGAAAAAUGCAUCAUGGACCAUGAAAUUUGGGUCUCCUUGCUUCCAUCCCACGAAAUCUGAUCUUUAGUGUGCUUUUAUCUUAUACUAUACAGAUUUCACAGAGGAGACCAGAAUUUCUCAAAUUAGGGGACUGACCAAAAGGGACUUUCAAGGGGGGGCGAGGGGAUUCACACUGUUGCUACUGUUACUUCUGCGCUGAAUUCAGAGCUAGGUGACGGGACAACAGCAACUGUCGGCCAGAUACCCAGCUCUGAAUGCAGCAUCCUACCAGCACAGGUGCAGAAGGAUGGCAGUACCAUACCGUGCAACCCCUACUUCUGUGCAACUAUCUUCACAGCUGGGCGGCCAGAGUGACAACUGCUGACACAGCGCCAAGCUCUGAAGGAAGCCGUGCAGAAGUAAGGAUGACAUGGUUAAAUUGCCUAAAACCGCUAAAAGCCAAAGAUGGAUAUUAAGCAUGCGAAGGAAUAUAUCUACUGGUUAUACUAUCAAUACCUAUUGAUCACCUGUUGCUAUGUGUUGGAGCCCUGGGAGCAAUCUAUGUUCCACACUAUUUUUAUUACUGUUUUUGCUAUGGUGGUGUACACAGCUUAUGUCUUUAUCCCUAUCCACAUCCAUUUGGCUUUUGAGUUCUUCUCCCAGUUAUUUGGAGACCAGUGUGAAAGUACUGUUGCUAUUAUGAACUGAAUUUGACAUGGCUAAGAGCAGCUGUCGCAUCAUGUGAUAUGUCUUCUUCCAUGUUUGGUUUGUUUAGAAAAAGGUUUGGGGUUUCUGAAAACAUUGCUUCCUCAUACAAAAGCCAGCCUGCAUAACUACUAUAGCUGAAAACCAGAAUAAUGCACCAGCUCCUGUAUGUAUAGAUCAUAUUUAAAUAAAAUGCAAGCACAGCUUUUAUUCUGUAAAUUUGGAACACACUACUGUAUAUAAUUUGUCUACUGAAAAUAGUGUUCAUAUGAGCCUUAAACUGCAGGAAACAUGCUUUUUAAUACUCAGAGAUUUUACUUUUUUAAUCGCACUUUGUCUAGACUCAUGACUUUUACAUGUACUAUUUUUUACACUAUCAAUUUAAUUUUAAUAGCAUAUAUGAAAAUGUAUGGCAAACAGCAAAAUAUAUUUAGGAAGAUAGUAGGCAAGAUACUUUCUGUAUACAAGAAAGCUUCUAUUCCCAGUUAUAUGGCAAUUAUACAAUAUAAGAAAUUAUUUUAUAUUGUUUUCCCAGUUUGCUCUAUGGCUCAAAUAUAGCAUAACCCAAAUAGCUGAAGUCUGUUUUAGUAGUCUGCUAAUUUUUAAAAUGGAGUCAUGAUAUAAAGAGAUAGUUGUCUACAGCUUUUCCUUUAAAAAAAAUAAGAAAUCAAGACGAGCAUGAAUCCAAUUUUUAGGACCAAAACUUCUGAUAUUGGAUUUAUGGUGGCUUAACUGCAACAUUAAGAUAAUGUAUAUAAUAUAUGUAAUCUUGCAUUGUACUGAGAAUGCUGUACCAGCUAUUUAGUGAGCCUAUGAUUUUUUUGGUACACUCAUCUUUGCUUGUUACAAAAAGCAAUUUUCCCCUUUCUACAAUUCAUUGGGGGAAAGCAAAGCAUGUGUUUGUGCUAAAGGAAGAUGAUCUAGUAAGCAAAGAAUUUUGUGGAAUUUUCUAACUGCAGAACGUGGAAGCAUUUAGAUGGAAGCUUUGAUACAAAGGCCUCCUUUACAAAGCAGAGAGGAGAUUUAUUAAAACUGCCUUUGGGGAGUUUCUUAAACCACACAAGCUUUUUUACAUCUGAAUCAAACAUGAAUGCCAAAGAGCAAGCUAUGUAUGCAGAAUAUAUAACUUUUGCAACAAGUACUACUGAAAGGGGGAAGCAUAAAAUGUAAAUAAUGUUUUAAGUAUGUUUGCACAGUUAUAGCAUGAAGAAUUUCUCUAACUUCAUUGGGGGCACUGGGGUCCUGCAUGAUAAAAAGAAUGGCAAAUUCUGAUGUCAAAUGGAGAACAUGUUUAUAUGUAGUUUUUCAAAUGUAAAAAAUAAAGUGAAAUCCUUUAAAAAUGUUUUAAAUGCAUAAUUCUCAGUUUUGCCUUUAUCUCCAUGUAUAAUAUUAAUCUGACUCUCCUCUAUCCAGGGCUCAAGCAUAACUUUUUCAGGCCCAAUACCAAUUGUAACAUAGAACAUAUGAGAGAAAGAGAGAGACUGUGCUACUGAAAGUAAUUAAACUAGCCACAGUGCAAGGAUCUAUAUAUAUGCACGAUGUAGUUGUUAUUCCUCCAUUCCGCCACUAACCUAGCAUUUCUUUCUACUCUGAUUGGGUCCCAAAUUCAGCUGUGUCAGCAACUCAGUUACCUGUAUGAAAAGAAAAAAUAAUCCUCACCUGUUUUAAUCAUUCACAUUAAGACAGGAGAGGAUGAUUUAUCAAAAAUAAAAUGAGGAGCACCCUGUUGGGAAGAGCCUUUUAAACACUUGUAAAUUAAACAGAACAGGUCCACAGAGGGAGAAGGAAAGGAAGCAACCCUGCUGCAACUGUGGUGGUGCUGAUAGCACUGAGGGCUGGCUGCCUCAGCCCUAUCGCCUCUACCUGAGGCCCUGCCCCUUCCCAGAGCAUGGAGCUGUCCCCCCAUCCACCUUGUCCAGGGGCCCAGCAAAGUGUUAGGAGUUUAGAUGAAAAUGUAUCAAGGUGAUACCAUGUGUCACAUGACAGUCAUAUGUGUGUCCUGCAUCUUAGCAGGUCUGGGAUGGAAGUUUCCAUCCCUUCUGUACCCAGCUUAGCAUAGCCUGGAACUCUGCAAGCCCAAAAAACAGCUGGGCUUUAUCAGCUUUAAGCCAUGCCUUGAGCUGGGAAACUAUUGAGCAGUAAACAAGUCUGACCUUGGUCUCAGC